UUUGACAGUUCAGAGUGACAUAACCUCACAAAAAUACCCAGUGCGGGGUCAGUGGUGUUUUUUUCUGUGAAAAUUCGGGUUUUGGGGCAAUUUAUCGUACAUUUCCAUAAUGUUGGGUGGUCAGGAGGAUGUGGAUAGUGGUCAGGGUGAAAAUAGUGAAAAUAGAAUAGCCACAAUAGUGCUAACAAGUGAUGUUCAGGCAGCAAUAGAGCAAGUUCUGCAGAAUCCAGGAGCCAGUCCCUUGGAUCAGCCUGAUUUCAAUCCCACGGACUACAUCAAUCAGCUGUUUCCCAAUGAACAAUCCCUGUCUAAUAUUGACGAUGUCAUCGCCAAGAUGGAAUGCGAGGUGAGUGUAAUUGAUGAUAAUAUCCGGAGUGUUGUGCGCGGUCAGACAAAUACUGGGCAGGAUGGGCGAAAAGCCUUGGAAGAUGCUCAGAGAACAAUAAUGCAGCUGUCGAGUCAGAUAACAGAGAUUAAGACUCGGGCUGAGAAGACCGAGGAUAUGGUGAAGGAGAUCACAAGGGAUAUCAAGCAACUGGAUUCAGCCAAGAAGAAUCUCACUUCUGCAAUUACCACACUCAAUCAUUUGCACAUGCUGGUGGGUGGUGUUGAGAGUCUGACCAAAUUGGCCGAGAAGAGGCUGUAUGGGGAAGUUCUGAAUCCCCUGCAGGCCAUCACUGAGGUCAAUUUGCACUUUCAGCAAUACACAGAAGUGGCACACAUUAAGACCCUCUCAGACAAAGUUACCCAAAUCCAUGGGGAGUUGGCUAAUCAAAUCACAGAGGACUUUAAGAAUGUCUUCACUCCGGGGCAGCAGAAUGCCAUGAAGAUGAGCCUAGCUCAGUUGGCGGAUGCCUGUCGGGUGGUUUCUGUGCUGGAGCCUCGGGUCAAGAGGGAUCUCCUGAAAUGGUUUAUAAAUCUUCAGCUGCAGGAAUAUGUGCAGCUUUUCCAUGAGAAUCAGGAUAUAGCCUGGCUCGAUAAGAUUGACAAACGCUAUGCCUGGAUCAAGAGGCAUUUGCUGGACUUUGAGGAUAAAUUUGGGAAAAUAUUCCCAGUUGACUGGGAAGUUUCUGAAAGGAUAACUGUCCAGUUCUGUCACACAACUCAUGAGCAACUGUCCAAGUUGAUGACCAGGCGUCGGAUGGAGAUUGAUGUGAAGCUCCUGCUUUAUGCCAUUGGGAAGACAACGGCUUUUGAGGCACUCCUGGCCAAAAGAUUCACCGGAAUUACUCUGCAGGAUUCACCAGGGAAGACUCCUCAAAGCCCUCAGAAACCUCCAAUUGUCCAGGAGCUUAAGACAGAAUCUCCAGCUCAGAGUGAAUCCGAAGAGGGAGGAAUUGUAAAACCGGUAGUUUCUCCAUUCACUGACCUCAUAGGUUCCUGCUUUAAGCCCUACCUGGACAUCUACACGGAUAGCAUUGAUAAGAAUCUGGCUGAAUUGAUAGAACAAUUCCUCCAGGCAAAAAUCCCAGCAGAUCCCGUGGCCAGGACAACGGUAUUCCCCAGCUGUGCUGAUCUCUUUGUCUUCUACAAAAAGUGCAUGGUGCAAUGUGUUCAACUGAGCAAUGGGAAGCCAAUGUAUGACCUAGCCAUGAUCUUCAAGAAAUACCUAAGAGAAUAUGCAGCAAAGAUCCUAGAAAGUCGAAUUCCCAAACUCACAACAUCCUACACACCAUCCUCCAUCAGCACCAGUAUGUCUCUCCUCACCAGAGAUCUCCAGAAUCUCUCCACAGCAGCCGGUCAAGUGAUCCAUAGUUUCCUGAAAGAGGGAGAAGCUCCCAGAUUCACCAAGGAUGAAAUCAUCACAAUCUGCUGCAUUCUCACAACAGCAGAAUACUGUCUGGAAACUGUUCAGCAACUCGAGGAUAAACUCAAGGAAAAAGUCGAUCAAUCCUUCAUGGAUAAAAUCGAUCUGGGCGAGGAGAAGGAUGUCUAUCAUCGUAUCAUCUCAAAUUGCAUUCAAUUCUUGGUUCAGGAUCUCGAAACAGGCUGUGAGCCUGCUUUGAUUGUCAUGAGCAAAGUUCAAUGGCAAACCAUCAGUAAUGUUGGGGAUCAGAGUACUUUUGUCAACUCCAUCAUCAGCCACUUCAAACAAACCAUUCCAACGAUCCGGGACAAUUUGGCAACAUCCCGCAAAUACUACAUUCAGUUUUGCCACAAAUUCGUCAAUUCCUUCAUUCCUAAGUUCAUCAAUCACCUCUACAAGUGCCGCCUGACCAGUGUCCAGGAGAGCAAUGUUCUGGGAUGCGAACAGCUCCUCCUGGACACUCACAGCCUCAAAACAGUCCUCCUGGACUUACCGUCAAUCGGAUCGCAAGUAAACCGAAAAGCUCCCGCCAGCUUUACCAAGAUUGUGAUCAAGGGCAUGACGAAGGCGGAGAUGAUCAUCAAAGUUGUGAUGGCUCCCGUGAUUCCAGCCAGUGUCUUCACCGAGCAAUUCCUCAAGCUUCUGCCCGACAGCACACUCGUGGAGUUCCACAAGGUUCUGGACAUGAAGGGAAUGCGUCGCGUCGAUCAAGCCCAGCUGGCGGAGUUAUUCAAGCGAACGGCUCCCAAGGAGAAUCUCUCCCUGGCCCUAGACGCUGUAUCCUCGUCCAGCGUAGCUGCCAAGAUCCUCGACAGUCCGGAGAGUGACAAGGGACGAAUCAAGAAGCUGGAGAAAUUGAUUAAAAAACGCCUGCCCAAUUGA